AUAAAUGUAAACAACCGAAUCUUAGAUAUUGGCCUUCCCCACUGCACCAUAGAAACGAUAUCAGAAAUAGUUAUAAAGUGACUUAUAACAAUAACAACAUCGCAGGAAAAAAUUCCAGCUCAUAGGUGUCGCGCUGAUCGGCCCCGGCCUAAGGGGCCAUGACGCGUUGGCCCUUUAAUUUGCUUCUAUUGCUCUCGGCGGCAGUGUUUAUUGUCCCGGGUGUCAUGACAGUGCGUGAUAGUAUGAAUCGUACAGUACUUAGUGUUGGUUAUUUAACAGCAUUAACUGGUGAAUUAACUGACAAACAAGGGCUAGCGAUAUCAGGUGCAUUAACUUUGGCUUUGCAUGAGAUUAAUAGCGACAAUAAAACAUUGCCAAACGUUGUACUAGAUCUGCGCUGGAAUGACACCAAGGGUGAUACGGUACUGGCUACUAGAGCUAUAACCGAAAUGAUAUGUGAUGGCAUUUCAAUUAUAUUUGGGCCAGAAGGUCACUGUUUUGUUGAGGCGAUUGUAUCGCAAAGUCGUAACAUUCCAAUGAUAUCAUAUAAAUGUGCUGAAAACAGGGCUUCUUCUAUACCAACAUUUGCGCGCACGGAACCACCGGAUACACAGGUUAUUAAGUCAGUGAUAUCGUUGCUACGCUAUUAUGGUUGGAGAAAAUUUUCGAUAUUGCAUGAUGAGCUGUGGACGACAGUUGCAGAUUUACUCAAGGAACAAGCAACGAAACGCAAUAUGACAAUUAAUCACAAGGAAUCGUUUAUAGAUAAUAAAGCCAAAUGCUGUGAAUUGAUGUUGUCAUGUUGCCGGACUGGCUUUUGGUAUCAGAUUGUUCAGAAUACCAUGAAUCGAACACGUAUUUAUGUUUUUCUUGGUACUGCAUCAUCCUUGGUUGAUUUCAUGGCUUCUAUGGAUACGGCAAAUCUUUUCUCAAAAGGUGAAUACAUGGUCAUAUUUGUUGACAUGAUGACCUACACACCAAAAGAAGCCGAAAAAUAUCUACGUAAGCCUGACCAAGUCGAACGCAUGACAAUUUGUCGCGAACCGGAAAAUUUUAUGCAAUUGGCACGUAGUUUAUUAGUCGUCGCAUCUACCCCGCCCACUGAAAGUUAUGAAAAUUUCACAGCUAAAGUGCGUGAAUACAAUUCACAGAAGCCGUUUAACUUUCUAACGCCGCACUUGUUUUAUAGCAAAAAAUUUCUUAAGUUUGUUUCUAUAUAUGCCGCCUACCUCUAUGAUUCCGUUAAGCUCUAUGCCUGGGCGUUGGAUAAGCUUCUACGACAGGAGGAACGCAUAUUAACGGAUGAUGUGAUAUUUGAUAUAGCUAGUAAUGGAACUAGAAUAAUCGACACAAUUAUUAAAAAUCGUACUUAUAAAAGUGUUACUGGUGCAACAAUUAAAAUAGACCAAAAUGGAGAUUCCGAAGGAAAUUUCUCAGUACUCGCAUAUAAACCAUAUAAGCACUUUUUUCGUGAUAAUUUAUCCUGCAAUUAUCAUAUGGUACCUGUUGCCUAUUUUCAACAAGGAGAAGAUAUUCCAGAAUACAAAUUAAUAAAUGGUUCUGUUCGUGUUGAUUGGCCCUCUGGCGGAGAUUGUCCUAAUGAUCAACCAAUUUGUGGUUUCGCAAAUGAAUUGUGUAAAAAGGAUGAUCGACAUAUAACAUCCGUAGUUGUUGCAGUUAUACUUGGCUUACUUCUGUUUUGUGCCGGUGUUGUAACAAUGAGUAUUUAUCGUAAAUGGAAAAUAGAGUUAGAAAUUGAGGGUUUGCUGUGGAAAAUCGAUAUAUCAGAAAUAAAAGGUUAUCCUCGCAACGAUAUCGUGUCAUCGCCUAGUAGAUUGAGUUUGGCUAGUGCUCAAUCUCUUGGAUCGCGUUGCUCGUAUCACUUUUUCACAGCAACAGCGCAACUACGAGGAGCAGUUGUACGCAUAAAAGAGUUGAAAUUUAAUCGCAAAAAGGAUAUAUCCAGAGAAAUAAUGAAAGAGAUGCGUCUACUUCGAGAACUACGACAUGAUAAUGUAAACAGUUUUAUUGGAGCAUGUGUGGAACCAUCAGCAAUAUUACUAGUCACUGAUUACUGUGCCAAGGGCAGUUUAUAUGAUAUCAUCGAAAACGAAGAUAUUAAAUUGGAUGAUUUAUUUAUUGCUUCGUUGAUACACGACUUAAUUAAGGGAAUGAUUUACUUGCACAAUUCUUCGUUAGUCUAUCAUGGAAAUCUCAAAUCAUCCAAUUGUGUUGUGACUUCACGUUGGGUGCUACAACUAACCGAUUUUGGAUUACACGAUCUGCGACAUUGUGCUGAGAGUGAAUCAAUUGGAGAGCAUCAGCAUUAUAGAAAUCAAUUUUGGAAAGCACCCGAACUUUUGCGUAAUUCACAUAUUUAUGGCUCUCAAAAGGGCGAUGUGUAUGCAUUUGCCAUAAUUAUGUAUGAAAUUGUUAGUCGUAAGGGUCCAUUUGGGCAAACGGAUUUCGAACCAAAGGAAAUUGUUGAUUUAGUUAAAAAGCAACCAUUGAAGGGUGUUGAUCCAUUCCGUCCUGAGUUGAAGUACAUUAUUCAAAAUGAAUUAUGCCCAGAUUACGUACUGAGCUGUAUUAAAGAUUGUUGGGAUGAGGAUCCAGAUGUAAGGCCAGAUUUUUCAACUAUACGUACUCGUCUGAAAAAGAUGCGAGGUGGCAAAACCAAAAAUAUAAUGGAUCAAAUGAUGGAAAUGAUGGAGAAAUACGCAAAUAAUUUGGAAGACAUUGUCUCAGAGCGUACACGUUUACUUUGUGAAGAAAAGCGAAAAACUGAAGACUUGCUGCAUCGCAUGCUACCACAAACAGUUGCAGAAAAGCUUACAGUGGGCCAAGGCGUUGAACCAGUUUCAUUUGAUUUGGUUACCAUAUAUUUCAGCGAUAUUGUUGGUUUCACGUCAAUGUCUGCCGAAAGUACACCACUGCAAGUGGUGAAUUUCUUGAACGAUCUCUACACUGUGUUUGACCGCAUUAUACGUGGUUAUGACGUUUACAAAGUAGAAACUAUCGGUGAUGCUUAUAUGGUGGUUUCUGGGUUACCGAUUAAAAAUGGUGACCGUCACGCUGGUGAAAUUGCUUCAAUGUCACUGGAGCUUUUACAGGCAGUUAAACAGCAUCGAAUUGCACACCGUCCCAACGAAACACUUAAGCUACGUAUAGGCAUGCAUACUGGACCUGUAGUUGCUGGGGUUGUAGGUUUAACGAUGCCUAGGUAUUGCUUAUUUGGUGAUACUGUUAACACUGCUUCACGUAUGGAAUCAAACGGAGAAGCACUAAAAAUCCAUAUCUCCUCCAAGUGUAAAGAAGCGUUAGACAAACUAGGUGGCUACAUUACAGAAAAACGUGGGUUGGUUGCUAUGAAAGGAAAGGGUGAGGUAACAACAUAUUGGUUAGUUGGUGCCACCGAAAAAGCCAUACAAAAGAAACCUGUUGAUAUGACAGAUAUGCCCCCACCAUUGUUCUGUCGUCCACGUAGAAGUCCAAAGUUGAAUAGUGAUUCCCGACAGCCUAGUAUUAUUGGUAUGCAUUACUAUGGCGCUGGUUCUAGGCGGCAGUCAAGCGUACCUCGUGCAGAUGUUGAAUCUACAUGCAGCCUACAAGGUUCAACAUAUUAUGUACCACGUGAAUCGCCACGUUUACCAUUAAAGCGCUAUGAACGGCCUUCACUAAAUGGACUUAGUGGUAUUAUUAGUGGUGGUAAUAGCAUUGCAGAUCGUAUCAGUUACUAUGGAGGUGGAAUUGGUGGUGGAGGAGGCAUUAUUUUUAAUGUCGGUAGCGGUGGUGGCGCUUCUACUGUAUAUGAAUCAACGCAAGCGUCACAUAAUACAUUGGAUCAUUCCGAAAUAAAUGAAACAAACUGUGAUAGUACUGGCGGUGGCAACAAUAAUAAUGGUCAGAUAGUACCACUAUUGACUGCUGGUAUGCGUAACUCUCUAUCGCCAAAACCCUUGGCCAUGGUGCGUCCUCAUCGUAUUAUUGAAUCACAACUGCCGUCAUCCUCAUCAACUCAGGAAAUAUUUAGAAGAGCACUAAAUGACGGUUUAAGUGCAACCCAAACAGCUCUUUUACGUGAGUCCCGAUCACUUGAUAUGAUGCCGAUGCAAAUACAAUUACGUAAACGUCAGGAAACUACAAAGUUGCCUCCGUCCAAACUCUCCAAGAAUAAUUCACGUUCAUUAGACUUUGGUGUUUCAUUGACUAGUGAUGAAAACCCAACAGCCACCACAACAACAAAAGCUACAAACACCACUACAGGAACAGCACCACAUGCCGAGAGCGAAGAUUUACAAAUCGACGAUUUUGAUGAUAACAUAAGUUUACUGAUACGCGACAAUGGUGAUCUCCGUGCACGACAUUCUGUCAUUUUGCCUUCUUCGAUAACAGUGCCAACUUCUUCAAUGCUAUUAAAUCGUCGUCGUAGCGGUGGAAGCAGUUACAUCGGCACUGGAAGUAGUGGAGCUAAUUUAAUGCCAUAUAAACAUUACAACAACAACUGUAAUGGCGGUAUGACAAUUGAAGAAGAUGUACAGUCACCGCUUUUACAGCGGCAAUCGUCUCUCACUACACCGCCUGAUGAAAUUUUAGCGCGUUCGAAACGUUGGCGUUCGCUUGAAACCAUUGAACACCACAGCGGUAACAGUGUUAGUUAUGCAGCCGAUAUAGAUGGCAAUAGUGAUGCUGGAGGUACGGGUGGACAGCAGCCGAAUUCCACAACGUCGCAACGUGGACUUGGUAAAAAGGCGACUUCGUGGCUGGUAAAUUUUUUCCAAGGUAAUGGCAUACGUACAAAUGAUGCAUCACUGCGACGUGUGGGCAUUUUACCAACCGGCGUACGAGGCGUACCUGGUUUUGCGGAAAUGCCAACAAUACCGCGUGAUCGUGAAAGUAUUGUUUAGGUUUGUUAUUGUGUAAAAAUUGUAAAAGAAUUAAAAUGGCAGGGAACAUGUUAGGAAAAAUUAGAAUUUUGAUCAUAAAUGUUUUUAAUUAGUAUGUGGAGAACAUUGCAGAAAACUAAAGCUGAGAUAAGCAACUACGAAUUACGAAAAGUGUUGCAAAGUAAAUUUUUUUUGUAGUAUUUUUUUUACUGCAAAAAAUGUAGUUAAUUUAUUUCUAUUUUUUUAAG